AUGUGCAAACACACCUACCACCACUAUCCCAGCUGCGGACACAUCUCCAACUGGAGUAUGACCAGCUGCCAAGAAUAUACCAACAAGCUCCGCCUGGCCAGUCCAGAGUGCAUCACACCCUGCACCCAGAUCACACUCUCCCACGACCUCCUCUUCUCCGCCCAGCCCAGCAUGUGCGUACAGUGCGAGAGAGAGUGGGCGGAGAACCUCUCCUCUCAUAGAGACGACCAGAUCCAAUCCUCCAACUCUUACCAGUUAGUUGAUGCCAUGGAUGAUAGCCAAUUUAUCCAGGUUAACGCGCGCAUGGUGAGUAACCCUGCUCAUGGCGAAAGGGACACAAGCAGUACCGAUCACAGCGACAUUGGUCAGGUCUUCUUUGGUGCUGCCGUUGGUGAUUCAGUCAAUGGGAACGUGGACAGUGCUGGCCACAGCGACAAUGGUCAGAUCUGCUUGCGUGCUGUUGUCGGCGAAUUGGAGGAGGAUUGUGGAAGCCUGGCGCGUUCUGAUAACUCGUCUAGAACGGCUUUUAAGUUUGCUCCUACUAACCCCAGUACGACGGUUGUGGCUGGAGAUCUUGAUUCUAUUUUGUCUACAAUUUUUAGCAGACAUGAAAAGGACAAUGUUGAGACUGAAUCUCCGGGAAUCGAGAAUGCUGUAUGUGCAUCCCCGACCAAUACAAGCAUCUGUGACACAGACAGCUCUGGCUCGUCGCUCUGUGGAUCCUCUUUGAUAAGAUAUAAUAUACUUAAACUGAGAAUCGACGAAUAUCUUGAGAAGCGACAGCGACAGCGGGAGGUGGACACUGAUCAUGAACAGCACAACGCUAAGACCUCCGACGUGGACGUGAACAUUUACCUUGCUGACAUAGUUGACCCUCAUCUUGCUGUGAAGGACACGCCUCCUGAAGACCCAGUUGAUAACCCUGAAGCUGACCAUCACUCAUGUGACGAGUCCGCUCUUGACAUUGACCUUGUGCAGCAACGUAUUGAAGCGACCGUUCUGAAGCGCAUUGAAGAAACCAACGAAAAAGAGGCCCGACAGGAAGCCAUCUCCAAGCUCCUCGAUACCGCACUUCUAAAAAAAGACCAAGACGACCGGCGCGAGCGGGAACGCCGAGCUGGGCAUCGAAGAGGACCCUCAUAUGUGGGACACAGAGUGCCUCGACCAAAUAUGGCAAACAAAAGCAUCCCCAUCUCCCCUCGGACCUGCAUAUCCCCCAAGACCGAACAUGCCUUGCCAAUCCCAGUCCCAGACCCUCAGCCCCAGAAGCACCUGUACAUGGGCAGUAUGUUUGCCAGCGAAGAACAGGCCUAUCAACGAGGACUGUGUGAAGUCCGACCUUAUGGUAAUUACCCCGGUGAGUGUGAAGGAUUCAUGCUCGCCCUGUCCGAAGACGACGCGAAUCAACAGGGCCUACUAGACCCAAUUCAUGUGCGAGGCUGCUGCGCGGAGCGACAGGCUGACUUCCACCUCUACUACGGGGCAAUGCAAGCACCGUCGGAGGUCGAUGCUGAAAAACGUUGGCUGGAGGAUAUCCGACGGAUCCCCGGUGAAAACGGGAAAUUCUACGGGCUGUUGCGGGCGGAUGAUCUGCACCACGCCCGGGCAAUGGGACUGACUGAUAUCAGCCAUCCAUGGGGGGUGUUGCAAGGAGGGGCUUUUUACAAUGCCGGAACGUUUUCCCUGGAACAGGUUGGACGUAUGGGACUGUGUGAUGCGGAACCGGUUCCUGGGGAAUGUGGUGAUUACUACGGUGGGACUUAUUAUGGGUAUCUUGAGGCAUAUUCUGAGUUAGAUGCUUUUCAGAUGGGAUUGAAGGAGCCUGAACAUGAUGAGGAUUGUUGUGUGAAGGCCGAGGUUGCCGAUGUGUCGAUCACUGAGGCGGGGCAAUACACGUAUUACGGUUAUAUGUGUGCGGGUUCUGAAGAAGAGGUUGUGAAUAGGGGCCUCGAGGAUGUUCUGCUUGUUCCUGGAUUUGAUAUUAAGUAUUCUGGGAAUUUACGGGCGGAGUCCGAGGAGGAGGCGAAGGCUUUGGGGCUUUUGGAGCCUUCACGUAUUCAGUGA